AACCAGAGCCGCUAGCAGCACGCGCUAGUGUCUCGGAUCCCACGUUAUCUCCUCCAGAUACGGGCACUCUGAGUAAGGAGGGGGGAACUCCACAGGCACCGAGAGAGACAAGAGGUGUGCCAUUUCGUUAUUCCCUCCUAGAGCUCUCCAAUGGCUUCGAAGGAAAGGGUGGAGGCAGUGACCAAAGGAACAGGGUUUGGGCGCUGCCCCCAGCUGGCCGCUUACACGCCAGAAACCUGCAAGCUGCUCAAAGCAAUGAUGAAGGAAUCAAAACUGACUAACUUCCAACAGCGCCACAUCAUGGACAUCAUAACAAAAGGAGACCCUCUGCCCCUACAGUGCAGCCCAACAUCAAGCCAGUCGGCCUCACCUUCCAGGCAGCCAGCCUCAGCCAUCUACCUGCCUCCUAUCCUCACAGCCCGCUCCCACCUCCGACCAGCCAGCCUGUGUCAGGCCAACGGGGCCUACAGCCGUGAGCAGUUCAAGCCUCAAGCCACCAGAGAUCUGGAGAAGGAGAAACGGAGACUCCAAAAUAUCUUUGCCACUGGGAAGGAUCCAGAGGAACGGAAAGGAAAGGGGGCCCCUGUGCAGCAAGAGAAGCCGGCCCCCGAGCUGGACCGAUUUGAAGAACUGGUGAGGGAAAUCCAGGAGAGGAAGGAAUUCCUGGCUGCCAUGGAGGCCCUGGGACAGGGGAGGCAAUACCAAGGGAUCAUCCUCACCGAGAUCUCUCAGAAAAUACGGGAAAUGGAAGACAUUGACCACAAGAGGAGUGAGGCACUUAGGAAGACCCUGGCCACCACCUAGAGAUGGGCAGGG